GAAGAAUAUGCAUAUUUUAGUUUUCUGGUUAAUUCCUUACACAUUUAAACCAGACCUUUUCUCUACAUUCUCACAAAAUUUAUAUUUAUUUAAGUGUCAGUUUCGGUUAAUUUUAGACUAGUUUUGUUACUCUUUGUACAUUAUAGGAACGUGCGUGUGCGUGUGAACUUGUUAUUAUUUGUUAAAGGCAUUUAAGUAUAACAAACCAUAUUUGAACUCAUUUUAACUUCAUUCCUAACGUAUUUUGCCCAUAUUAAGUAUAUCCAAGUGCUCUGUGCUAUUAAAUUGAUUUGUAAUUAAUUUAAAGAAAUUGUUAAAAAAUUUAAUAUUUAUUAUAAAACUAAUGAUAAUAUAAAAGUUAGAUCGUAAUAUAUAAAAAUGAAUAAUAUGGAAUUUAAUGACCAGGAUUCGGAUGGUGUCGACCAGUACGUUGAUGGGUAUCCAUACGGUUCUACUCCCAAGACCUAUGAUAGUAUGCAGUACAACCCUUCUGGGCCUGUAGACCCUGACUAUAUGGCCGAGGUGGCUAGUCCCAGGGGUGAAUCUCACACUCCUUUUGUUGGAUUUUUUAGCUCUAAAUUACUGAGAUCGGGUUUCACUUUACAGACUGUAACUCUUUCUCUUAUGUUUGUAUUCUACUGGGCCUUUGGAGGCACUGGGAUAUUCGUUUUCGAUCUAUACGCUGCUCCUGAAAGCGUCAAAGUUUCUAAACCCUUUCAUCUUACCGUUUCUACUCUUAUGGCACUUUAUCUUCUAGGCACUCUUUACAUCGCCAUGUUCCAAGUUUUCGUUGCAGAUAAUUCUAAGUCUGUGAGAGGAUUUAGGGCUGGGUCUAAGAUUUUAUCUGCCGCUGUGACUUUGGACUUGGUGUCUAACAUGUUACGUCUAGUUCAGUAUGUAUAUUCUUACUUUUUCAUGAGCAUGAAAUGGUGGACUAGAUACCAGCAAACUAAGGCUGACUGGAUUUUUUUCCAAUUUGGUAGUUUUUCAAACAGUUUUGCCUUGGUAAUGUAUGGAGCUGCAUUCUUUUACCUCGAGGCAUACCAUGAUGAGGGUACUUCCGAGGAGGUUGCCUGGACCAACUUAACUUUAUUUUCCUUAGCUGGAUUAGCUGAGCUUUUUAUGGUUUUCACUGGCUACGGUGCACUUUUCAGCCUUUUCUUACUAUUGGCUAAUUUCAGUGGCACCUUGUGGGCCUUCUCUUUCGAGCCUCUUUUGGACAAGUGGUCUCCCUCUUUACACUCCAGGGACGUUAACGCAGAUUUCGUUACUGAUGACUCUUUGGUUUACGACCCAUAUUCUCAAUACUAUCCCAAUCAAAACUUGACUGAUCCAAAUUUAAAUUAUGAAAAUAAUCUAAACCAGCCUGGAAUGGAUUAUCACAGUUCACCUGGCAUGAAUUACCAAAAUGACGUUAAUCCCAACACUCCUGGCUAUCAAUACCAGGGCGGAUUCACUUAUCCCUUCGAGCAAAAGGGCUACAAUGAAUUUAACCCUGUGAAUUUCAACAAUUUCCAGCAGGAGAACCCCAAUUACCUUGUACAAAAUUACGCAUCUUAAUCUUUUCUACUUCA